AUGGAAGGUGACAGGAGCCGGUCGAUACCAAUCCUGCCAGACAGACUCCCAGUAAUAAACCCAUUUCACUCACAUUUCUAUGCGUGUGCCCCCCCCCCCAGCUCCCUGCCCCACACCACUGGCUGCACAUCUGUGGAGGCCGAGGGGGUGCUGGCGAUGUUCACCCCACCUGCCAACCCACACCUUCGCACCAAGGUGGGGGUGCAUUUGGCACUGGGAUUCUCUCUGCACGAUGGUGAUGAUAAUUAAUACCACCGGACUUUGCUCCACCGCUUAGCAAACUGUCACAUAACACAACAAAAUUUAAAAAAAAAUUCCUUCCAGUAGCACCUUUGUUGUUGUUGUUUAGUCGUUUAGUCGUGUCCGCCUCUUCGUGACCCCCUGGACCAGAGCACGCCAGGCCCUCCUGUCUUCCACUGCCUCCCUCAUGUUUGUAGCUUCGAGAACACUGUCCCACCAUCUCAUCCUCUGUCGUCCCCUUCUCCUUGUGCCCUCCAUCUUUCCCAACAUCAGGGUCUUUUCCAGGGAGGCUUCUCUUCUCAUGAGGUGGCCAAAGUCUUGGAGCCUCAGCUUCAGGAUCUGUCCUUCUAGUGAGCUCUCAGGGCUGAUUUCCUUCAGAAUGGAGAGGUUUGAUCUUCUUGCAGUCCAUGGGACUCUCAAGAGUCUCCUCCAGCACCAGAAUUCAAAAGCAUCCAUUCUUUGGCGAUCAGCCUUCUUGAUGGUCCAGCUCUCACUUCCAUACAUCACGACUGGGAAAACCAGAGCUUUAACUAUACGGACCUUUGUUGGCAAGGUGAUGCCUCUGCUUUUUAAGAUGCUGUCUAGGUUUGUCAUUGCUUUUCUCCCAAGAAGCAGGUGAGUAGCACCUUAUACACCAACUAAGUUUGUUAUCAGUAUGAGCUUUCGUGUGCAUGCACACUUCUUCAGAUACACUGAAACAGAAGCCACAUAACACAGUUGGCCCUCACUGCAAGUGGAGUUCUUAAGCACACACACAUGGAAUGUGGAGCAAGCUUCUUCUCUGCCGCUCCAGAGCCUGGGACCCAAGUCGAAGGGCAAGAAAUUACAAGCGGGGAUGGGUUAAGCAGAGGUUGGGUGACCACCUGCCAGGGAUUCUUGAGUUGGGAUUCCUUCAAUGCAGGGGGGCUGGGCUAGAUGACCCUCAGGGUCCCCUCCAAGUCUACAAUUCUAGGAUUCUGUGAAAAUUCAGGGGAGGAAAAAGCCAGUUAAAUCCUGCUGGCCACAGAGGGUGUGAGCUUUGAUCCGACCCUGAGCUACUCAAAGCACCUCUUACACCUCCUCCCUCAAAAGACCUCACCCUUUCUCUCUCUCUCUUUUUAAAAAAAAAUUUAAUAAUAAAUUUUAUUAGUAUUUCCCACACAACAACAACAACACGAAAAAUAACAAUACACAAAACACAAAAACCAGCACACAAAGAAAACAAAUCCAUAUCUUACAAGUUAAUAAUAUAAACACUAAAAAGAAAAACAAACAUUUGUAGGUUUGCAAGGAGUUUUGUGAGGAGUAUUAUUGGAAGUAUUGCAAAAAUGGAGAAGGGGGAGGAUGAUUUGUUAAGAGAUGUAAAGGCAAUACAGUGGUGCCCCGCAAGACGAAUGCCUCGCAAGACGGAAAAACCGCUAGACGAAAGGGUUUUCCGUUUUGAAGUUGCUUCGCAGGACGAAUUCCCCUAUGGGCUUGCUUCGCAAGACGAAAAUGUCUUGCGAGUCUUGAGAUUUUUUUUCGCUUUUCCCCCCCUUUAUCUAAUCUGCUAAGCCUUUAAUAGCCUUUAAUAGCCUUUUAGCAGCUAAUCCCCUAAGCCUUUAAGCCUUUAAUAGCCGCUAAACCACUAAUAGCGCUAAUAGCGCUAAUCCGUCAAUGGGCUUGCUUCGCAAGACAAAAAAACCGCUAGACGAAGACUCUCGCGGAACGGAUUAAUUUCGUCUUGCGAGGCACCACUGUAUAAAGUUAAGAAAUGCAUAAGAAGUGGUUAAAACAGUGGAUCAUCAGAGGUGCUGAUGGAAGUCUAAAAAGAUUGUAUAAGUGAUAAGUUUUGUGAUACAUUUUAUAAUUUGUAUGUUUAAAUCAGUAAAAAUUAUUUUAAAAACAAACAAACAAACAUUGACUUCCACCAAUCCCACAGCACCUCCUUUAUCUCCCAUUGUGUUUUCCCGUUUUCCUGUUUUCCUGAUCAUGUCUAUCCUAGCAUCUAGAUAUAAAUCCCUUUUUCUUACCCUUUCACUUCACAAGGUUAUUCCAGACUCACCCUUUCUCAACCCCAGGACCCCAGUGGAGGAUUAAGAAGGAAGCUACCUUAUACUGAUACUGAGUCCGACCACUGGGUCCCUUUAGCUCAGCAGUGCCUACACUGAUUGGCAGCAGCUGUCCAGGAUUGCAGAUGUGUGAGUCUCAGCCCUGCCUAGCAACUGGAGGUGAGCCAGCUCCCUUUAUCCUCCUCCUCCUCCUCCUCUACCACAUCUGCCUCCUUUGCAAGGAGGGUAUUCAAAGCUGUCAAACAGAGCAGGCCGUUUUCUUAAUAGUUGUCCAUCAACACAACUUUUCCCGUUGCAAAACACCCCACCCUCCCAUCCGCAUUUGUUUGCUCUCUUUCCCUCCCUAACCCUUAUCUUAUUAUUGUUUUAAUUCAGGAUCUCGCUCGGCAACCGGCGGGGAAAUUAAGGAACAAGAAAUGACAUAUCGAUCCCAAGAGCUGAGACAGGUGGCAAAGUCCCUGGGGAUGGGAACUUCUCCAGAGCCAAGUGGCUGAGGAACGGGGAGCGAAGGAGAGAGACUGCUUUAGUGUAUCUCUCUCUCUCUCUCUCUCUCUCUCUCUCUUGUAGAAUUGUAGAAUGGGGAGGGACACCCAAAGGCCAUCUGGUCCAGCCCCCUGCAAUGCUGGAAUCACAGCUAAAACAUCCCUGACAGGUGGCCACCCAAACUCUGUUUAAGGACAUCCAGUGAUGGUGAGUCCACCAUCUUCCCAGAUCAUAGAACUGUAGAGUUGGAAAGGACCACAAGGGUCCAAUUAUAGUCCAAUUCUCUGAAAUUCAGGAAUCACAGUUCAGGGAUCCGUGACAGGUGGCCAUUCUACUUCUGUUUAAACACCUGCAAUGGAGGACAGUCUCAAAGAUGCUCAAAAAGUACAGACAGAGGCUCUGAGAUUACGUCUGCAAGUUAAUAAUAAUAAUAAUAAUAAUAAUAAUAAUAAUUUAUUUAUGCCCCGCCCAUUGCUGGGUUUCCCCAGCCACUCUGGGCGGCUUCCACCAGAAUAUUAAAAUUAUAUUACAAUACAGUGGUACCUCAGGUUACAUAAGCUUCAGGUUACAGACACUUCAGGUUACAGACUCCGCUAACCCAGAAAUAGUACCUCGGGUUAAGAACUUUGCUUCAGGAUGAGAACAGAAAUUGUGCUCCAGUGGCGCAGCGGCAGCAGGAGGCCCCAUUAGCUAAAGUGGUGCUUCAGGUUAAGAAAAGUUUCAGGUUAAGUACGGACCUCCGGAACGAAUUAAGUACUUAACCCAAGGUACCACUGUAGUCUAUUAAACAUUAAAAGCUUCCCUAAACAGGGCUGCUUUCAGAUGUCUUCUAAAAGUCUGUUAGUUGUUGUUCUCUUUGACAUCUGGUGGGAGGGCGUUCCACAGGGUGGGCGCCACCACCGAGAAGGCCCUCUGCCUGGUUCCAUGUAACUUGGCUUUUGCACCUACAAAAGUUGGGUUAUCCUACACAGGACUGCAGGCAAUGUUUAUCUGUCUGAGACCCUUCUCAACAAACUCCUUUUGGAAACCUGGAAUUUGCUUUCUCUUCUUAAAUCCUCCUCCAUUGCUAUAUAUAAAGUUCCCAAGUCUUGGGAGCACUUUUCCUAAAACUCUGAUCACGAUACUUCUUUAUAAUCCAGAGGUGUAUAAAUUUUAUGAAAUAGAUAAUAAAAAUGCCAACAUAGCCCCUCAGAGCUGCUGACCAGGAAAGGGACUCUUAUAUUAAUACUUAAGCUGACACCCACAGCAGCUGGAACGGGGGCCCAACCAGUCCAGCCCCAUGCUCUCUUCGUGGCCAACCAGAUGCUCAUUAUGGGAUGUAUAAUGUAAGCAGGACUCCCAGCAUUCCUAGAAGUAUACAAGUCCAUCCCUGGUGACUGGAGGGGGAGCGGCAGGUGCCUCUAUUCCAGUUAAGGACUGUGUCCUGCACAUUACUGGACGCUGGAGAGAGAAUUUGCACUGGUGGAAAUUCCCUCUUCUUCUUAUUGUUGUUGUUGUUUAGUUGUGUCCGCCUCUUCGUGACCCCCUGGACCAGAGCACGCCAGGCCCUCCUGUCUUCCACUGCCUCCUGCAGUUUGGUCAAACUCAUGCUGGUAGCUUCGAGAACACUGUCCCACCAUCUCGUCCUCUGCCAUCCCCUUCUCCUUGUGCCCUCCAUCUUUCCCAACAUCAGGGUCUUUUCCAGGGAGUCUUCUCUUCUCAUGAGGUGGCCAAAGUAUUGGAGCCUCAGCUUCAGGAUCUGUCCUCCUAGUGAGCACUCAGGGCUGAUUUCCUUCAGAAUGGAGAGGUUGGGUCUUCUUGCAGUCCAUGGGACUCUCAAGAGUCUCCUCCAGCACCAGAAUUCAAAAGCAUCCAUUCUUCGGCGAUCAGCCUUCUUUAUGGUCCAGCUCCCACUUCCAUACAUCACUGCUGGGAAAACCAUGGCUUUAACUACAUGGACCUUUGUUGGCAAGGUGAUGUCUCUGCUUUUUAAGAUGCUGUCUCGGUUUGUCAUGGCUUUUCCCUCUUCUACACAACGCUUAAAAACUCUCUACAAAGAGAGCCUAGUGGAUCAAAUUGUUGCCCCAUCUGGUCCCGCAUCCUGUCCUCAAAGUGGCUGAACAUUUGCUUGUGGGGAAAUAAGCAAGCCGGAUUUGAGCACAAGAGCAGCACUUGGUUUCUAGCUCAGCUGGUAGAGACUGAGACUCAGUCUCUGGGUUGUGGGUUCGAGACCCGCAAUGCGCAAAAUACUUCUGCAUUGGAGGGGCUGGACUAGAUGAAUCUCAUGCUCUCUUCCAACCCUACAAGCCUGUGAUUCUUGGCUGCCCACCUCCUGCUGCCACUGACAGCCCCCUCCUAUACAUCACCUACCCUCUGAAUGUGGCACUCUUGAAACGCCCCCAACCACAAGUAGGGCUCCCUGCACCCCUGUUUCUGAAGAGACAGAAGGCCCCAAGGCUCUUAUUUCUGACUUGGGGGUGCUGAUGCCUGAGGGGUGAGCGAAGAUAUUAGCACGGACCUUCAACUUGUCCGUUAUAGGGCUGUUUUCUCCGUCUCACUCUCUUUCCCCCUCUGAGAAAGGACGGGGAGGAGGGUCGUCAGGCACCGGCAAGAGUUAACCUGAUUGUCUUUAUAACCACAUCGGCUCUCCUGGGAACUCAGAGUACUGGGUUUUCAUUUUAAGUAACCCCAACACAGCGGCGUGUGAUGGAAAGCACAGUCCCCGCCUGACAGAUGGAGAGGAAGAGGGGAAGAGAGGAGGACGGCGGACGGUGCAGGUGGCGGAGAAAGGUAAGAGACCAAACAGCGGCUGAGCUUGGCAGGUCUACCCAUGGCCCGUUGGCUUAGAACCAAGCCCCACAGGGACUUCCUCCCUUCGGCGUGUACCUACGAGGGUCUUCACACCUCUUGCAGCCCACUUUGUGCCCAUGUCCUUUCGUGCCCUGUGAAAGUCAGCUCCAAGCCAAAAGAAUUCAGAUAACAAAGGAAGCUGCCUUAUUGAGCUACUGGUCCAUCUAACUCCGUAUAGUUUGCACUGACUGGCAGCAGUGGCUGCCCGGGGUUUUCCGGCAGAGGUCUCUCCCAGCCCUGCCUUUGGGAACUGAAUCUGGAGCCUUCUGCAUGCAAAGCAGCUGUCCUGCUGCUGAGCCACGGCUCUGCCCCUUUAAGGUUCCAGUCUUCGUGGCUCUGAAUAAAGGGCUGGCCUUAAUAGCCACACCACUAGCCCCCUACAGCUCCCCAGGAUUUUGGCCAGGAGUCUUUUCCCAGCCCUGCCUGAAGAUGCUGCCGGCGAGAGUUGAGCCUGCGACAUUCUGCAUGCCAAGCAGGUGUUCAGCCUCUGAGCCACGGCCCCUUUGCCUUGUUCUUCAUCUGGGCAUCCCAAAGACAUCUUUUAUGUGCCUCCAGAAUGCAGGUCCUGAUUUUGCUGCCGCAGCAGCAGCAGCUGUACUAUUUACUGGUACUUUUUCCAGGAUAGAUCCCUCUCAUCCUGGAUCUUGCCAGGAUAUUAGGGCAGAUGGGGAUCUGAGCAAACACCAGUGGUGUGGAAAGGGGCAUCUCUUCUCGUGAUCAAAAAGUGGCUAUGUGCUUGCCUUUCAAAAAGUGUGGCAGAGAGCAAAAACAGACGCGGCCACUCCUCUGGGUGGACUCACUCAGGGAGGCAGCCCUGUCUGUUCAGAUACCAGCAGAAGGAAGGCAGUGGAGCCUUCAAGCCUCGUUUUUCCACGGUGGUCUUUUUCAAAACCAGUAGCAGCCUUCACUGCCUCUGACAGAGACAUUAAUUUGAGAUCUUCUUCCUUCCCAGAAACAAUUUGGGGCUGGGCUGAGCCAGGCACACGUGGCGGGGCAGAUUGUACAUCCAGUUGCUGGUCUUUGUAAACUCGCUGAAGUUAACAGACAUGGCUAACUUUACGGUCGUUGAUUUAAAUGGGUCUACUCUGAGUAGAAGCUUGUUGGGUGCAACCUGGGCAGUGGUCCCCUAAUGUUUUCCCCCAUGGGCCACUUGAAAAUUGGUGGUGGUUCCUGGUUUCUCUCUGUUUCCAGUCUUUGCUCUCCACAUUUCCACAUCUGUUUGGGAAUGUGUGUGUUUUAAGUACUCAUGUAAAGUCACUGCUGAAGUUCUCCUAAUAUAUACAGUGGUACCUCGGGUUACAUACGCUUCAGGUUACAGAUUCCGCUAACCCAGCAAUAGUGCUUCAGGUUAAGAACUUUGCUUCAGGAUGAGAACAGAAAUUGUGCUCUGGCGGCACAGCAGCAGCAGGAGGCCCCAUUAGCUAAAGUGGUGCUUCAGGUUAAGAACAGUUUCAGGUUAAGAACGGACCUCCGGAACAAAUUAAGUACUUAACGCGAGGUACCACUGUACAUGAAUAUUGCAAACACUUUUCACUAAGAGAGAUACAUUUAUUUAUUUCCCCCCAAAACCAAUAUAUGCAUUUUCUGCGCACAUUACUUUGCUGGAGAAUGAAUCUUUCGGAAGUGUGAACUGGUGUUGCUUUGCCUGUAAAUGGGAACUGAACCAAAUUUCUCCUCCAUCUCAACUUCCACGUAAGACUAUGAUUAAGUCCAAGGUCUGAAAUGACCCGUCUGCACCCCUUUGCAAAGAACCGGUGCAAAGAGGACCCGAUUCUGGUUGCCUCUUGCUUUGUGCCUGGUUUCUGCCAUGAGUGACAGUCUGGUCUUGCUCCUGAAACAGCCGCAGCCAUUCUGGGUUGCAGAACUCAGGGGCAGGAAGAAUUAUUGGGCUGGUUUCUGCUUUGCACUGAACAACAUAAAGACAUUGCGCCCCUGCCCCCAGUAGGCAGCGCAAAAUUCUGUGCUGAGGAAGCCCAAGAACAUCUGAGUUCAUUAUGCAAAUGAAAACAACAUUACAUGAUGUGUGAUUAUUCUGUGAGGCAGGUUGGGGCCGCAGGAGCAUUGCUGGGCAAUUAAACUGCCCCCCCCUGAAAAUCUUACUGGGCCCAAGUUUGAUUUGGGGUCAGGGGCGUAGGAAGGGGGGAUGGGGGGCGGGUCGCCGCGGAUUCCAUCAUGGAGGGGGAGUGUCAAAAAGGAACAAUUACUGCCCUACUAGGACGGUUAUUAGGAUGGCGGACAGUGAUAUCUUGCCCCUAAAUGGGCCAUUUUGAUCCCUGUGCAUUUUGACCUUCCAGUGUAACCUUCUCUCUCCCCCCCACCCCUCUCUCACACACACAACCAGUCGUUUAGGGUUUCCUAUUGCCAGGAGCCUUUUAAAUACCACAUUCCCCAGAGACUCAAAUAAGGGAAAUGAAGGGUUCUUUGGAGAGAAUAAGAGGAGUUUGCAGGGUUGCGGGGAGAGACAGAAAAAUACAGAAAAUCGCGCCAAGGGGACUCUCUUUUUCUCCACCCCAACGCUAUUAAUCUCUGCCCGGCAACAAACGUGUUCUUGUGAGCUUGGUUUGGACUCCAGAGCAGCAAAAUCUGCACGUUCUGUUUCCCAUGCGAUGGGAGAUAGUCCUGGGGCUGUUGUGUGGCUUCCUUGCAGGAUCAUUCCCCAUCCCAGAUGUGCCAGGUUGUUACCCACUUUUCCUUAAAGGUAAAGGUAAAGGGUAAAGAGAUCCCUGACCAUUAGGUCCAGUCGUGGCUGACUCUGGGGUUGUGGUGCUCAUCUCGCUUUAUUGGCCAAGGGACCCGGCGUACAGCUUCCGGGUCAUGUGGCCAGCAUGACUAAGCCACUUCUGGCAAACCAGAGCAGCGCGUGGAAACGCCGUUUACCUUCCCGCUGGAGCGGUACCUAUUUAUCUACUUGCACUUUGGCGUGCUUUCGAACUGCUAGGUUGGCAGGAGCUGGGACUGAGCAACGGGAGCUCACCCCAUCACGGGGAUUCGAACCGCCGACCUUCUGAUCGGCAAGCCCUAGGCUCUGUGGUUUAACCCACAGCGCCAGCCGCGUCCCCACUUUUCCUUAGGAUGUCUCUAUUUUCAUUGGAGAAAUUUUAGAUGGUGUGGAGUUAUCUGACCCUUGAGCCGUCUGAAGGUAAUCCUGUAUAGGGAAGUUCUUGUAAUGUUUGAUGCUUUAUUUUAUAUGUUGGAGGCGCCCAAAGCAGCUGGGAUAACCCAGUAAGAUGUGGCGGGUAUAAAUAGUAAAAUUAUCAUUAUGGAAUGGGACCUCCCUAUUUUCACUGGAGAAAUGCUGGAGGGUGUACACCACAUAUAUAAUAUGCCUACUAGGAGAACGCACACGAAAAGUCUUAAAGUAUUUUUAUGGGGACAAAAAAAACACAAACCCAAAACCAAGCAAACAAACAUAAAUUUGAAUUGAACUUGAUGGGGGUGGAGAUGCUCCUUCAGGUAUACUGGACCGAGGUCAUUUAGGGCUUUCAAGGUCAGCACCAACACUUUGAAUUGUGCUCGGAAACAUACUGGGAGCCAAUGUAGGUCUUUCAGGACCGGUGUUAUGUGGUCUCGGCGGCCGCUCCCAGUCCCCAGUCUAGCUGCCGCAUUCUGGAUUAGUUGUAGUUUCCGGGUCACCUUCAAAGGUAGCCCCACGUAGAGCGCAUUGCAGUAGUCCAAGCUGGACUUCCCCUGCUCUAACCACUACAGCUGUCUCUCAUACACACACACACACACACACACACUUCUUUGUGUGUUCAGAUUGCCAGCCAGGGGCUUUGCCAUGCCUCUGGAGGAGUCCCUAACAUGUUCCAAUGUCCGCUUUCCAAGUUCACCCCCUGCAGGAUGAGGGCCUUGUCUCUCUUCCUGCCCCCCCAUCUCCUCCUCGCCAGGAGUGGGAGGGGGCCUGAGGACUGUUCCGAUGUCUUGUAAUCCGCUUGUGCUAAUAGCAUUAGGGGUUUUAAACAAACAGGCCCUUGACCUCCUUGCCCAGUGGAUGCUAAGGGUUUUUUUGGGGGGGUGGCGGUGUGCAGUUGAAAUGGCCAAGCCCAGUUUGUGGGGGGGGGGUGGCGCCGGUGGAAAAGCUAAGAAGAUUGUAAAGGGCUUGGGGGGGGGGGAAGAGAUUGGAUUUGGCAGAGAUAAAGUGGGCAGUGAGAGCGCAGUUUACUCUUGCAAAAGGCGCUCCACCCUCUCAUCAGCCAGAUCAGAAUUCCCCGUGGGGGUGGGAAGGCUUCAGGGUGGGUGGGCGAGUCCAAAAAUAAGGGGGACCCCUGGAAAUACUGAAAUAAGAACAUAAGAAGAGCUUGAGCUGAUCUAGUCCAGCAUCGUGUUCUCAUGGUGGCCAACUUUUGGGAAACACGCAAACAGUGUUGUAAACAAAAUCUAUGCCCUUUUUCCCUUAUGGGGGACACAAGAGCCCGUAUAGAGUCCUUACGUGGGUUCCGUAUUGAUAGGAGAAAAUAACAGAGGCCAAGCAGAGAAUAUUCAGAAGCAAAGCAGCUAGUAAGCCUGAUCUUUAUUGAUCUGUUGCAACAGGGUGCUCCCCUCACACGCAGGAGAAGGAGGAGGACCCCGAACCAAGGUGUGCCCGCCCUUGUAUAGACUUUUUAAAUUGCCCGCCCUGGAGUCCAAGACCACCCCCAGAUACAUCACACCUGUAUCACAGAAGGGGUGUAUCCCAAGACCCCCACCCCGGCCACAAACAUCACACCUACAUCACAGAAAAGGCGAUCUACAACAGAAAUUUGAAUGUUGUUCUUUUUCCUGUCUGUCAGGUUAACUGAUAAUGCCUUAUCUGAUUGCCUUUUCUGGUAGUCUGGCCAUUCCUUUGAAAUGGUGAUUUCUAAAUUCCUGUAACAAGGAAGGUUUUUUUCCACCUCCUCCCUCCUUGCAGAGAAACAUUUGGUCCGUUGGGGAGUCAAAAUGGUUUCAGGAUGGUCUUCCUGUGCUGAUCUAUGUACGUGCUUGGUUUGUACAUUUAUGAACAUUUAUUAUAUAUAUAAGACCUUAAAUUUUAUUAUUGCAACAGGAAAGCUGAGUGCAGGAGCAGCCCUUUCCCCCUCCUGUGGCUUCCAGCAACCGGUACUAUUCUGAAGCAUUUACUGCCUCUGACCCAUGUAGGCAGAGCAUACAAGCAGCGUUCCCACUUGGGACUUCCAAAAGAAGCAUAUAAAUAUUCUGACCGUUGCCCGUUCCGCGUUUUGAAAAACGCAGUUCUGCAAGGACUGUAGCACAUGGCAGAGAUGGAUAUCCCUCUCUCUCUCUCUUUCUUUCUCUCUCUCUCUCUCUCUCUCUCUCUCUCACACACACACACACACGUGUGUCAGACAUGGGAGGUGGGUUCUUGGUUUGUUUUUAUUAUUGUUCUCGUUGUUAUGCAUUUUGUGUUCUCAUUUUGUAUUUUUGUUGUUGUGAAACACACACACACACACCGUGAUUUUUGGGUGAAUGGCGGAAUAAUAAACAAAUCAUUAAAUAAAUAAAUAAAUAAAUACAGUGGUACCUCGGGUUACAUACGCUUCAGGUUACGGACACUUCAGGUUACAUACUCCGCUAACCCAGAAAUAGUACCUCAUGUUAAGAACUUUGCUUCAGGAUGAGAACAGAAAUCGUGCUCCGGCGGCGCAGCAGCAGCGGGAGGCCCCAUUAGCUAAAGUGGUGCUUCAGGUUAAGAACAGUUUCAGGUUAAGAACGGACCUCUGGAACAGAUUAAGUUCUUAACCCAAAGUACCACUGUAUAUAAAUAAAAUGUUAACUGUGGUUCGGGAGCUUACACCACCGUUGCCAGCCCUGCCUGCUCCUUCUGCGCUGUGUGUGGGAAGUGCAGAAAUGUCCUGUUUGCUGGCGGCGAAGAAUUAAAAGUGCGGGGACCGUUUCCUAAGGAUGGCCUUCAGUUCUUGAAAGCAAAUCCUGGUUUAGGGUGUUGCUGCUGCUGCUGCUGUUGUUGACACCUGCGGCACUGACACCAUGGCUCAGUCUGCCCCCCCCCUUCCACAAACCGCUUUCUUUGCUAGAGAGGAUGCAAAAUAGCAGAUUCUGCCUUGAGCAAGCCAGAAUUUUAAUUCCUCACCCCUCCCUGUCAACUGCAGAUGAAUCCCAGGGUUGUUCUGUUUUUUUAAAUAAGACAAGAAAAUCCAUUUAGGGCCUAACUGUGACCUUGGCCCUUGGCCACGUUUGUUAGGUCUUUAAAAGCCAAGUUAAUUGAUUGCCCCCCCCUCAAAGCCUGCACUCCCAAAAGUGAUUCCCCCAGAAGGAAGGCAAAUCUCUGUCCUUGAGCUCCAACUGAAUACGGCCCUUCCUCCUUCUCCUCCUCCUCGCAGGGAGAGGGGUAAGAAGAUUUAAAAAUUAACCCCUUUCCCUUUCCUUUAUAUACGGAGGUGGGUUGUCCCCAAACCCUCACAUGCAGAGGUUUCUGGCCGGCCAGAGCUCUCAGGACACCACAGAGGCGGAGGAAGCAAACGGUAAGUGAGAAGGGGACCAAGUGUGCAGGAUGCGGCCCCUUCCCACACCUGUAUCCCCCAUAGGCCACUUCCGUCUCACAGAAUCAGUUGCAAGGGACCUCUGGUGGUCAUCUAUUCCAACCCCGUGCAAUGCAGGGAUCUCAGCUAAAGCAUCCAAGACAGGGGGCCACCAAGCCCCGUGGAAGGAGAGCCCACGACUUCCCGAGGGAGAGCGUUCCACUGCUGAACGGCGCGUAACCCUGGGAAGGUUCUUCCUGGUGGUUCGUCUGAAUCUCCUUUCUUCUGACUUGAGUCCAUCGGUUUGGGUUCCAGCCUGUGGAGCAGGGAAAAGCAAGCUUGCUCCGUCUGUGAAAAGUCCGCUGGGCAGACAGGGCUCAGGAACCCCCUUGGCAACGGGGAGCAGCAAGGCAGGCUCGUAUGUCUUCCUAAGAUCACAGAGGUCUCUCGGUCCCUCCUCACGUUGGCGCCUCGCCUGAACCAGAUCUGGAGUUUCCUCCUUCUUUUUGCAAGGAUGCCACCCCCAGCACACCACUGUUGUCCUACAUUGCAGGGUCAGUCUGAGGGAUGGGCAAAUCUUCCCAUAGAUUAGUGGUACCUCGGGUUAAGUCCUUAAUUCAUUCCGGAGGUCCGUUCUUAACCUGAAACUGUUCUUAACCUGAAGCACCACUUUAGCUAAUGGGGCCUCCUCCUGCUGCCGCGCUGCCGGAGCACGAUUUCUGUUCUCAUCCUGAAGCAAAGUUCUUAACCUGAAGCACUAUUUCUGGGUUAGCGGAGUCUGUAACCUGAAGCGUAUGUAACCUGCAGCGUAUGUAACCCGACGUACCACUGUACUAUCAUCUUUAUAAUCUUAAAUUCAGUUUGCCGCAUUUAAUCACAACUGCGUUGUUGUUUUUUAAAAAAAGGUAUCUCAAUAAGAAUUCCCUUGUUGCUUUAGUGCACAUUUUUUUAAAAAGAUAUACCUUUUAGCAAGUGAUUCCCCCAAUUUUGGUAUGCUGAUUUUGCAUGCACACACACGUUUUUGUUCAUGCUUUCUUCUCCAUUGUACAUACGUAUAUUUGUGCAGAUUUUUGGGGGUUGGAGAACAGCCAGCGCUGCAAAAUUCAGAGAAGUGUGAAUUUUUUAAGGAUAGCUGUGGUUGAUUUGUUUGUGCUUCUUUCAUGUCUUGCUUUAGGAAGAUGUAAGUGACUCACAAAGAUUCACAAGAUUCACACCCAGAUAAAUAAUCAACACGAUCACAUGUAAACAGCAGCCAAGCCAAACUUCCCCUCCAUCCUUCUUGUACAUUAACAGCAGGAAUAUUUUUAGGCAGGGGCAAAGCUGCCAUGCUUCCGAAGAGGUGUGCGCUGGAGGGUUCCUCGUCACGUCCCAGAGGAUCAUGGCCCGUUGCUGUUGGACUUUGUGGCUUGGCUGUUGUGGGGAUAUUGUAAGGCCAGGGUCAUGAGGAACAGAAUUCCUUGCAAGUUACACUGCGGGCCCCAAUCCAGGGUGAUGUGUCGCUUGAACACGCAGCGCUUUUUUAAUCUUCCUGCCCUAGAGGGGCUUCUGGGAGGAAGUACACAAAGAAAAGCCUUGGAAACUUACACAGUACUUGUCUUUUCACCCUUCUUGCUGAUUGUCAUGGAUGUGUUGCCCUCUGGAUGUUGUGGGACUAAGGCUUGCACCGUCCUUGAGUCCAACAACACCUGUACCUCCACCACACAUCCUUGAUCUCUGGUGUUUUCACGGUCCUCCGAACUUGAGUCUAGGCAGUGAUUUGGUGGCUGAGACCCCUCUGCAAUCCAGCAUGAGGCUCCUUAAAAUCCCAACAACAAACUUCAUGUCUCACGCUGGCUUUUGCCAAAUAACAGCCAUCUCCCUCCGUUGGUGAAAUCUUGUUCGGUUUCACCAACGGUUCAGGCGAAAUGGUUUCCCAUAAACUACUGAACUCUGAAGUUUUACUGCAGUUUGGGCUGAAACUUGGUAGCUCUUUCCUUACACUGGUGAAAAACUCUCUCUCACACACACAGCGGGGUGGGUGGAAUUCCGCUGUGACAUCAUUUGUCCACUUCCAUUUGUCCUUUUAGCUACCUCUAAGGCAAUUACAAAGGGACGCGAGUGGCGCUGUGGGUUGAACCACAGAGCCUAGGACUUGCUGAUCAGAAGGUUGGCGGUUCAAAUGCCCGUAACGGGGUGAGCUCCAGUUGCUUGGCUCCUGCUCCUGCCCACCUAGCAGUUCGAAAGCACGUCAAAGUGCAAGUAGCUAAAUAGGUACCGCUCCGGCGGGAAGGUUUCCAUGCGCUGCUUUGGUUUUGCCAGAAGCGGCUUAGUCACACUGGCAACAUGACCCGGAAAAGCUGUCUGUGGACAAACGCCGGCUCCCUCGGCCUGUAAAGUGAGAUGAGCGCCGCAACCCCAGAGUUGGCCAUGACUGGACUUAACUGUCAGGGGUCCUUUACCUUUUAGCUUUUUUUAGGGAGCAGAAGGGCCAUUUAGUCCAACCCGCUGCACUGUAGGAAUCACAGCUCAAGAAUCCCUGGCAGAUAGAUGGCUAUCCAACCUCUGUUUAAAAACAUUCAAUGGAGGGAAAUCCACCACCUUCUGAGGGAAUCCAUUCCACUGUUGAGCAACAAUUACCAGCAUAACGUUCUUCCUAAUGUUGUGCAGCAGCCUUCCUUCAUAGAGGAACCACUCUAGCCCUUUGAUCGUCCUAGUUCAUUUUGUGAGGAAGAUAUUUGCUACCAAACUAAUAAAUGGAAUGCGUUUUGGUGCUUAUCCUUGUCCUAAUGAUUUUUUUGCCCCUUGACAGGUCGGUAAGAUGCACUGUGGCUGCAUCCCUGAGGGGGUCCCUUCUCUCCCCAGCUCCUACUGGAUCUCAGGUGAGGGUUGGGUGGGAUGAGGAAGGGGCUCACGCAGUGCGGCAUCCCGGAGGGGGGUGUCUCAGCUCUGGGGUGGAGCAAGAGGGGGAGAGGCUGGCAGCCCCAAGUCUGUCCAAGAGCUUUCCUCGUUGUUUUUCCCUCUGCUUUGCGUCCAGGUCUGGCUUUCCCGGACUGGGCCUACAAGGCUGAAUCCAGCCCGGGCUCCCGCCAGAUCCAGCUCUGGCACUUCAUCCUGGAGCUUCUGCAGAAGGAGGAGUUCCGGCACGUCAUUGCCUGGCAGCAGGGGGAGUACGGGGAGUUUGUCAUCAAGGACCCCGACGAGGUGGCGCGGCUGUGGGGCCGGAGGAAGUGCAAGCCCCAGAUGAACUACGACAAGCUCAGCCGGGCCCUCAGGUGAGGAGAGCAGCCAACACAGGUCUUUGCAAUGCAUCCUGUUCUCAUGUAAAGGUAAAGGGACCCCUGACCAUUAGGUCCAGUUGCAGACGACUCUGGGGUUGUGGCGCUCAUCUCGAUUUACUGGCCGAGGGAGCCGGCGUACAGCUUCCAGGUCAUGUGGCCAGCAGGACUAAGCCACUUCUGGCAAACCAGAGCAGCGCACGGAAACGCCGUUUACCUUCCCGCCGGAGUGGUACCUAUUUAUCUACUUGCACCUAGAUGUGCUUUCGAACUGCUAGGUUGGCAGGAGCAGGGACUGAGCAACGGGAGCUCACCCCGUCACGGGGAUUCGAACCGCCAACCUUCUGAUCAGUAAGUCCUAGGCUGUGGUUUAACCUACAGUGCCACCCGCAUCCCCUGUUCUCAUUAGGGCACUUUAUUUACACCGUGUCCGACAACCAUGUUCUUAGGGUGGGUUAGAGCAGGAGGAGCUGUUUCUUCUGUGAGCCUCUUGGGUGUUGCCAUCUUGGAUUUGAUUGGAUGGAUAUAGAAUAAUGGAACGGUGGUGUGGGGGGGCCUCAAAGGCCAUCUAGUCCAGCCCCCUGCAAUGCAGGAAUCGCAGCCAAAGAAGGCUGAGGCCACUCAGCCUCUGCUUAAAAACUUGCCAACAGCUUCCGAGGGAGCCCGUUCCAUUGUGGGACGGCUCUCACCACCAGAAAGUUCUUCCUGAUGUUUCUUGCUAUUUGAAUCUCCUUUCUUGGGCUCCUCCCCUCUGGAGCAGCAGGAACAAGCUUGAUCCAUCUUCCCCCUGUCACGUGUUUUAAGAUGGCUAUCAUGUCACCUGUCAGUCUUCCAGAGGACAGGAUCACACUUCAAAACGACCUUGACAGAUUAGAGAACUGGGCCAAAACAAACAAGAUGAAUUUUAACAGGGAGAAAUGUCAAGUAUUGCACUUGGGCAAAAAAAAUGAGAGGCACAAAUACAAGAUGGGGACACCUGGCUUGAGAGCAGUACAUGUGAAAAGGAUCUAGAGUCUUGGUUGACCACAAACUUGACAUGAGCCAACAGUGUACGCGACAGCUAAAAAGCCAAUGCAAUUCUGGGCUGCAACACUAGCCCUACCGCAUCUAGAUCAAUGGAAGUAAUAGUGCCACUGUAUUCUGCUCUGGUCAGACCUCACCUGGAGUACUGUGUCCAGUUCUGGGCACCACAGUUCAAGAAGGACACUGACAAACUGGAACGUGUCCAGAGGAGGGCAACCAAAAUGGUCAAAGGCCUGGAAAUGAUGCCUUAUGAGGAACGGCUAAGGGAGCUGGGCAUGUUUAGCCUGGAGAAGAGGAGGUUAAGGGGUGAUAUGAUAGCCAUGUUCAAAUAUAGAAAAGGAUGUCACAUAGAGGAGGGAGAAAGGUUGUUUUCUGCUGCUCCAGAGAAGCGGACACGGAGCAAUGGAUCCAAACUACAAGAAAGAAGAUUCCACCUAAACAUUAGGAAGAACUUCCUGACAGUAAGAGCUGUUCGACAGUGGAAUUUGCUGCCCAGGAGUGUGGUGGAGUCUCCUUCUUUGGAGGUCUUUAAGCAGAGGCUUGACAACCAUAUGUCAGGAGUGCUCUGAUGGUGUUUCCUGCUUGGCAGGGGGUUGGACUCGAUGGCCCUUGUGGUGUCUUCCAACUCUAGGAUUCUAUGAUUCUAUGAUUCUAUGAUUCUCUUCUCCAGGCUAAACAGACCCAGCUGCCGCAACCAUUCCUCAUAUUUUAGUUGUAAGUUGAUUUGCAUGGCAAACAAGUGAUUAUUGAUGAUGAUGAUGAUGCUUGAUUUCCAGCAAAGUGCAUGGUGGCUGUUGCCCAUUGAUGACAACAAAUCUCAGGUGGCAGUGGCCAUUGGCUCACCUCAGGUUACUCACUCACCUAUACUGGCUGGUUAGGAAGCGUUGGGUGGGCUUUCUUGAAGCAUGUGAGUUUCCAGGACAAUUUGCCCAUCUUUUUCUUUGUCUGCUUUGUUCCUGGGCGAUUAUCUAACCCUCUUCUGAGGUCUCCCAUUGCGGCUUCUGGUUGGCCACUGUGAGAAGAAGGUUCUGAUCCAGCAGCCGGGCUCGUCUUACUUUCUUACGUCGGUUCUCCUUUCUCCUCCUUCUUCACAGGUAUUAUUACAACAAGCACAUCCUCCACAAGACGAAAGGCAAGAGGUUCACCUACAGGUUCAACUUCAGCAAGCUGAUCUUCAUCAACUACCCGCUGUGGGGCGUCCAGCCUCCUUCUCGGCCGAUGUGGAUGGGGGCGGCCAGGAUGUACCGGCCUCGUGGUGGCGGGAGUCUCAGUGCGCAGACAGAGGUGGGCUCUGGCAGCUGUGUGGAAUACACUGAGAGCCUUAUCCUCCACGGAAAUGCAUUCCAUGUUAAAUAAUACUAAUACUAAUACUACUAAUAAUAAUUGAAGUGAGGGACAUGAGGCAGGAGUUGAUAAAGCAGGUGAGCUGCGCACAGGUGAGCUGCAAGCAAGCUGCCGGCCAGCUCUGUGGAGGCUCCUUUUAUUGACACAAAUAUGCAAACCCAGGCAGAUACAUUUUGGGCUGUGACCUUUACACACCUUCCAGUCCCGAAAUCGUGGGGUGGUACAAAGCUAUUUUGGCGCCUGUUCCACAGCGUCAUUUUCCCCUUGCACAGUGUAUGACGAAAGGAGACAAAAGGACUCUAAGGAAAAACUUACAGACAGGACACCGCUAACUUCUGAGACCGCAAAAGGUUAGACAGAGGGAACGAUGUUCAGACAGCUGUGGCCUUAUCUGUGAGGGGGAGUGUGCCCCACACCCCAAGGUCACACAUGCAGGCAGGCUGAGGUUGCCUGCGGGUGGGGAGUGCACCCCGGACCCAGCGAUCAUCCCUACAAAUAAUAAUAAUAAUAAUAAUAAUAAUAAUAAUAAAUUUUAUUUAUACCCCGGCCUCCCCAGCCAAGACAGGCCUCAGGGCGGCUAACACCAGGUAUAAAAACAAUUGAUUAAAUUACAACUUGAAAAGAAGAUUAAAAUACAACAUUAAAAUGCAGCCUCAUUUCAGUAGAAACUCAAAUCAAAAACUUUUUGGGGAUGAAAACGUCAAGUUUUCACCAAGGCCAACUAUCCAGACUGGUCCUACGUGGGCCAGAAAAAAGCCGGGGAAGUCCCCAAGUAGGAGUUCCAUCACAGAAAAAAAAAGGAAAAAGGAAAGAGGGGAAGGGGAUCAAGUUGAUUCCAAGCCAAAGGCCAGGCGGAACAACUCUGUCUUACAGGCCCUGCAGAAAGAAAUCAGAUCCUGCAGGGCCCUGGUCUCAUGAGACAGAGCGUUCCAUCAAGUUGGGGCCAGUGCUGAAAAGGCCCUGGCUCUGGUUGAGGCUCAUCUGACUUCCUUAGGGCCCGGGACCUCUAGGGUGUUGCUGUUUAUGGACCUUAAAUCCCGAGGGCCCCUCCAUUGUAGGUGCAAAGUAAGGAUGCCUGGAGGGGCCUUGAAAGCCACACUAUUCCUCUACACAAGCUGCAUGGUAGGAGCCCUCAGCACCCUCAGGAGGCCCUUUGGCAGACGUUUGUCAUGUAGGUACAUGAGAAGAGAGCGGGGCCUUCUCUGUGGUGGUGCCCCGGCUGCCUACUGCCCCCUCCACUUACACUACCAAGGCUACACCUAGAGCUGCACCUAGGCAACACCUACUGCGUCCUUUUCCGCGAGAGGCGCAAACCUUUCUAUUUGCCCCAUCAAUUUCAGAUGAUGAUGAUGGUAUUUUAAUUCAUAUUAUUUCUUUAUUUAUUGCAUUUAGAUCCCACCUUCCCUACAUGAGGAGCUCAAGGUGGUGUAUGUGGUUCCUCCUCCCCCCACUUAAUCCCCACGACAACCUUGCGAGGCAGGUUAGGCUGAGAGGCAGUGACUGGCCCAUGUCAACUAGCGGGCUACAACGCCAAGAAGGGAUUUGAACCUUGCUGACACUCUAACCACCACACUGGCUCAAUUUAAAGAUUAUUUAUUUAUUUAUUUAUUUAUUUAUUUAUUUAUAAAUCCCUCCAAUGUUGUAUUCUUGGACAGAGUUGUGAUGUGUUGUUGUUUUUUAAAUUUUUAAUUUCUUUCUACACCACCCUGAAAUGCAUUUUUUGAAUAAGAGGUGGUCUGUAUCCAUUUUAAAAUUAAAAAUACUUGGCGAUCCCUUUAAACACUGUCCUGCAACCCUCCCCUCUUUCCUUUCCAGCUCUUACAGAAUAUGAUGUUUGGCCGAAGGACCUGCCCUGACCACCUGGCCUUCCACAGGUGCGCCCAUGACCUGACACUUGACCUAGAGGACCCCAGGGAGAAGAUGGGAGCGGUGGCUGCCGGCCCUUGUAAGUGUGCAACGUGUUACAAAGGAAGGGUCCCCUUUGACACCUGGACCCUGAGAUUGAGGAAGUCCAGAAGGUGGUGGUGAUGAGAGAACAGGGCCUUCUCUGUAGUGGCCCACUCACAUACACACGCCAUUUACAGAAUGCUCUCCCUAGUGAGGCCUGCCUGGUGCCAGCCUUGUCAUUGUUUUUAGUACCAGGCAAGGACUUCCUUUGUUUUGUUUUCCAGCACAUCCUAAAGUCUAAAGUCGCCACUUUAAAUAACAAAAUAAUCUGUUUUGAGUUUAUUGUUCCUUUAAGUUUUUGAAAACCUUAAAUCAUUGAUAGUUUUUCUUAUUGAUAAUUUUAUUGUUUUAUAUUGUUUUUGUAAACUGCUUUGAGGUUGGUUGGGUUUUUUUUAGCAAUCAAGCAUUGUUUUGUUUUUCUUAAAGGGAAAAGAAAGUCCAGUUUUUAAAAAAGCAUUUAUUUAGGACGACAGGGCAUUAAUUAGAUUAGAUUAAUUGAGUAAUUCAUCUCUAUCCCGCCCUUCCUCCAAACGAGCCCAAGGCAGCAAACAAAUCAUGACUGAAACAAUGCAAUUCUACAGGUAGUUAAAAACAACCUUCUGAAAAGAUUGCAGAAUUGGUCAUGGAUAUUUUUUUUUAUUUUUUUAACCCAACAAGAGUAGUGUAAAAAAACCCAAUUUUUAAUCUGAAAGCAUUUGUAAAUGGCUGUGAUAACGUAACGUUUCAGCCAGAUCAGCUGCUGUGAAUCAGAGUGAAUUAUAUUUUUGGAGCCUGAACAGCCGGCUUGGAUUGGCAAAUUGUUAGCUGGCGGGUCAGUUGUUCCAAGGUGACCUCAUGUGGCUCUUUCAGUAGGUCAGCGAGGAAAGGACCACAAACAAACAGACCUGUGAGUGACCAGUCGGUGGCCCUGGACUGGACUUGUGGUCUUCUUGCGCCCCCUAGCGGUGGGUUCUGGAUCCAACCUCUCCUGGCUCAGUUUAUGCUUGAUCUUUCAGCCGCAUUUCCAUGGGCAGGAGAGUGUACCAGUUGAAAUUAUAGGAAGUCCAGCAUGGAAGGAUUGGGAAGAAAUUUUAACUUCCCUCUUUGCCACUGACAUGCUAAGUCGCCUUCCCUUUCACCUCCAAAGUUCUGUUUCCUGCUGUGGUCAAAGGUAAAGGGGCCCCUGACAGUUAAGUCCAGUCGUGGCCGACUCUGGGGUUGGGGCGCUCAUCUCGCUUUAUUGGCCGAGGGAGCUGGCGUACAGCUUCCGGGUCAUGUGGCCAGCAGGACUAAGCCGCUUCUGGCGAACCAGAGCAGCGCACGGAAACGCCGUUUACCUUCCCGCCGGAGUGGUACCUAUUUAUCUACUUGCACUUUGACGUGCUUUCGAACUGCUAGGUUGGCAGGAGCAGGGACCGAGCAACGGGAGCUCACCCCGUCACGGAGAUUGGAACCGCUGACCUUCUGAUCGGCAAGUCCUAGGCUCUGUGGUUUAACCCACAGCGCCACCCGCAUCCCUGCUGUGGUCAAAACAUCUCUUUAAAACAAACAAACAAGCAGCAACAACAAUUUCUCACAUUUUGGUCCCACCUCCUUUCCAUCAUGGAAACUGAGUGAUGCUGGCAUCGUUUUUCACUCUUUCAAAAUCAUGGCGAGGAGUGGGGGGGCAGGCUGUGUACAAGAAUUACAGCAAAACACAAGUUUUUUAAAAAUAACAAUAAAGCCAAAGUAAUUCUGCAGGUUUCAGGCAGGGGACAUUCUCAGCCUUACCUGGAGAUGUUGGGGAUGGAACCUAGGACCUUCUGCAUGUAAAUCAAAGCUCUGCUGUUGAGAUACAGUGGUUCCCCUUAAAAUGAAGUAAGAUUCUAGUCCUCAUGAUUCUGAAUAAAGUGCUGAUUUAAAUAUGCAUGCAAAGCAGUGCCCAGCCACUGAGCUGCGGCCCCUAUACAGAAAAGCACAUGCUUGUAUUAAUCAAACAGCACUACCUCCCACCAGAUUAACUGGGGGAAUGAGUCUUUAGUUGAUAGAUCAGUUAAAGUUUGCAGCCCUUAGAAUAAUGUUACAAAUAAACAGUCAUUUAAAAAAAGCCUGGAGAUGCCUUUUCACUUAAGACGAGUGCUGGAUCAGGCCAAUGGCCCAUGUAGUCCAACACCUUGUCCUCACCGUGGCAGCCUGAUGCCUUUGGAAGCCUGCAAGCUGGAUGUGAGCAGCAUCCUGCCCACCUGUGACUUGCAUUCAGCAACUCGUAUUCAGCGGAGGUGGUACAGAGCCAUUGUGGCUAGCAGCCGAUGACAGCCUGUCCCUUCAUGCUUGAUCUAAUCCUCUUUAGUUGACACUUUGGGUCUCUUCCAAUUCUACAAUUCACUUAAAGCCAUCCAAGUCACUUGCCAUUUUUUGCUUUUAACUGUUCUGGGGUCUGUGCCUUUCUUGUUUUCUUUUUCUUUCCUUCCUUCCUUCCUUCCAUGGGAGCCAGUGUGGUGUAGUGGUUAAGAGCGGUGCACUCGUAGUCUGGUGAACCGGGUUCGCUUCCCCAUUCCUCUACAUGCAGCUGCUGGGUGACCUUGGGCCAGUCACACUUCUCUGAAGCCUCUCAGCCCCACUCACCUCACAGAGGGUUUGUUGUGGGGGAGGAAGGGGAAGGAGGUUGUGAGCCACUUUGAGACUCCUCAGGGUAGUGAUUGUUAGGAUAUAGUUCUAUUCCACCUUAAAAGGGUCAGGCAUGACUGUUGUGUAUCACAUGCCUGUUUACAUCCAGCACAGUCUGCUGGGAACUUCCGUUGUAUGUUGCUUUUGCUAUACUGCUGUUUUGCCAGAGACGAAGGGAUGCAGACAUGUUUUCCUUUGUUCCUGAACUAUGCUGAAUAAAUGCUGUAAAUGUGCUUGCACAUUUCUUUGUCCGACUCAUCUGCUGUGUGAUGAUUUACACACUCUGCUGACAGAGCGUGCAUGGGUCUCUAAACGUAUCUGAGGCUCGGGUCGCUGUUUGAUGCUGUUCCAAAAAAGACUGGCUGCCGGCCAGUGGCUGGAGCCGGAUGGGGGCCUGCCUGAUGCCCCCGCCUUCCCGGCAGUAUCCCAACAAUGAUAAAGCAGGAUAUCAAAGCCAAAAUCUUCUUCUUCCUUCCUUCCUUUCUUCCUCUCCAGGUCUUGGGUCCAUCUCACCUUCUUGCAUCUUCAACUCCUGCUGCUGCUUCCGAGCCCAAGAGAAAUGCCGCCCUCUGGCUGCGUUCCCCACACCCCUCCCUCACCCAGGCUUUGCCCCCCACCCUGGCCGGCAGCUCUGUCCAGGGCUACCCCAGCAGUACCCGCUCUCCAAUCCGCCUUGCUUUGCUGCUGCCAGUAGUCACUUUUUCAACCGGGGAGGUCAACCUGCCGUGCCCUCAGAAGAGAGAGCGCUGUUCCCAAGCCAGCUGGCCACCCCCAAAGCACAACACCGCCUGAUGGCCAUGGACUCUCCCGCAAGGAAGUCGGGAGGAGGAGCUUUUCCUGGGCUGGAGUUCCUGCCUGACUCUCCCCUGUCAUCUUGGGAGGAAGAAGAGACGCAGCAGGAGGUUCGUCAUGGCGCUCGUCUCCUUGGCGAGGCCUGCCUUGGGGUCAAGCCUGAGCUGGCACUGGUGGAGGCCCGGUCCUGCGGCAAACUGUUUGUGGGUCCCCGUGUGGCGGGGAAAGCUCUGCAAGGCUCCUCGCAACUCAGCAACCUCCAGCCAGCAGCUGUCCCAAACACCGUUGGCCCUGGUUUUAGGCCAGUGGCUGGUGGGAAACCUGUCUGGGCGAUGCCCUCUCCGCAAGUUUGA